AUAUCUUUGCAGAAAUGCUGGUAGUUCUUCCUUGCACUUUGCGAAAUCCUUUUUAUUCGUGUAUUAUUUUAUUGCUAAGUGUAUUCUUGGUCAUCUGUAGGUAUACGGUUGGCAGCUUACGCUAAUGCUUCUUCCAAUUCUUCCUCGUAGCUUGAACAUGUUUUAUGUCUUUUCCAUAAGAUCAAGUCUCUGGUCUGCAAGAUGCAAGCUAUACUCUCUCUCGAGCAUAUAGCACAAAUCAGUUGAAGAAAUCUGCGUGGUAGAGACGUUGAGCCGAACUGUGAUGGUGCACAAUUUGCAGCUUCGACUCAGGUCUGCGUAAAACUAAGUUGAAGCACCGUGACCAUGCCAGAUCUACAAAUGACAAUGAAGCUUCAGCAUCCUCGCCGAAAGAGUUCCACAUGCUAUUUUAACCACUUUACGAGCGAAACGUCUGCACUUUGCAGUAAACAAACUCACAGCCACCUUAGUCGUCGAAGUCAGAAGAGUAAUGAUCUCAACAAGCUUCUGCACUUUGGAAGGACAGUUACAAAGAUAAGACAAAGUUGAGAAUCAGAGAAAUGUGUUGGCUUUCUAUCAAGAAACAGAUGCAUGCCCUACUGGAUGUUUCAUGC